AUGUUCGACCAGCGCCUGCCCCUCGAAUCCCGUUCACGAACAGACUCGCAGUCGACCGUCGCCACCACCGCAACCCGCCCCUCGACGCGCAGCUCCCUUGUUUUCGUCGUCACUGCACUCGAGACCAUUGCCGCUUCCAAGGAUGCUCGCAAGAAUAAAAAAUUGGGCGACAGCACCAAUGCCGCCCUGUCUGCCAUCAAGAACGAGGGCGACCCCGCGCGCAUCAACCCUGAAGUCCUCUUCGAACCCCUUCAACUCGCCUCAGAGGCCCCUAAUGUCCCCGUCUCCAUCACCGCCCUCGACUGCAUCGGCAAGCUCAUCAGCUAUUCCUACUUCUCCGUCCCGACCGAGCCCCGCCCUGACAACAGCGAGGCGCCACCCCUAAUUGAAAGGGCCAUUGACACAAUAUGCGAUUGCUUCCAGGGUGAGGCUACGGCCCCAGAGAUCCAGUUGCAGAUUGUAAAGUCGCUGCUCGCCGCCAUAUUGAACGACAAGAUUGUGGUACAUGGAGCGGGAUUGCUCAAGGCUGUGCGACUCACGUACAACAUCUUCCUCCUAUCAAAGUCAAGUGCAAACCAGCAGGUUGCUCAAGGUGCACUGACACAGAUGGUCGGCACCGUCUUUGAGAGAGUCAAGGCCAGAUUGGCCGCCAAGGAAGCUCGGUUGAAUCUGUCACGUGUGUCUCUGAACGACAAGAACAUUUCCGGAGAGAGCGUACAUCGGGGAGAACCCAGUCCGAUAGGCUUUGACGGUGACGAGCCUAACGGCGAGGAUGAGCGUGACGAAUCAGCCACACCCAACGACAAGGCCGUCGACCAACACACUGGGCCCAAGAUUACACUGCAAAGCUUUGAAAAUAACAUGAGCUUCAAUGACGAUCGUAUACACGACAAUGCGCCAACCCUCGUGACUCGGAUCAAGGCCAAGGCUGGCUCGCGGCAGGUCUCGAGUCAAGACGGCGCCUCGCCUCACAUCAACACUGAGGAAGAGGAAGAGGAUGAGAUAUUCGUCAAAGAUGCAUACCUAGUCUUCAGAGCCAUGUGUCGGCUGAGCACAAAGAGUCUGUCAGUUGACCAUGCCCACGAUGUGCGGUCGCAGGGCAUGCGCUCCAAACUCCUCUCAUUGCACAUGAUCCACACCAUCUUGUUUAAUAACAUUGCCGUCUUUGAAUCGCCCUACGCCACCAUCCGCAGUGGCAGCGACGAGCCUACAAGUUUCAUUCAGGCGGUCAAGCAAUACCUGUGUUUGAGCCUCAGUCGGAAUGGUGCAAGUUCAGUAAAGCAGGUGUUUGAAGUAGCCUGUGAAGUAUUCUGGCAGAUGCUCAAGUUCCUGCGCAUAUCACUAAAAAAGGAAGUCGAGGUGUUUCUCAAGGAAAUAUACCUGGCAACAUUAGACAAACGAAGUGCCCCUGCAUUUCAGAAGCAAUACAUUUUGACAAUAUUUGGAAGGCUGGCUGCAGACCCCCGAGCCCUGGUAGAGAUCUAUCUCAACUAUGACUGCGACCGCACCGCGCUUGACAACAUGUUCCAACGCGUUGUCGAGCACCUGUCCAAGAUUUCGAGCAACCCUGUCACAAUCACAGCAAUGCAGCAGCAGGCGUAUCAGGAGCAGCGCGAAAAGCAAUCCAAGCAAAUGGAUUGGCAAACCCGAGGCACCCUGCCCCCCUCGCUCACCACAGCCUCCAUGAACUCUUCACACGAGCCUGAACAGAGCUUUCCCCAAGAAUACGCUAUGAAGCAAGAGUCGCUUGAAGCGUUGGUCGAGAUACUACGUUCUCUCGUCAACUGGGCGCAACAGGCGCUUCCCGAGAACACAAAGGCAGCCCAUUCAAGUUUGCGCCCAUCACUAGAUGACCUCAGGGUAUCCAUAGAUACGAGGACACUCGCAGAGUCCCCAAUGAUUGGUGCAGACUCUGGCACAGUCACGCCGCUUGCGGAAGAUGACUACAGCCAGCUUGAAAAGGCCAAGCAGCGGAAGACUGCUCUGACGAAUGCCUUGAAACAGUUCAACUACAAGCCGAAACGUGGGCUUAAGACGCUCAUAGCAGAGGGCUUCAUUCCCUCGAACAAGCCAGAAGACGUUGCUCGUUUCUUCCUGGACAAUGACCAGAUAGAUAAGACAGCACUUGGCGAGUUUCUCGGUGAGGGCGAUCCAGAGAACAUUGCCAUCAUGCAUGCUUUUGUAGAUUUGAUGGACUUUUCAAAGACACGCUUUACCGACGCUCUGCGACGUUUCCUCCAGAGCUUCCGAUUGCCCGGUGAGGCUCAGAAAAUCGAUCGCUUCAUGCUUAAGUUUGCGGAAAGAUAUAUUACUGGCAACCCCAAUGCAUUCGCCAACGCCGAUACAGCAUACGUCCUGUCUUAUUCAGUCAUUAUGCUGAACGUUGACCAGCAUAGCAAGAAGAUGAAGGGCCCUCGCAUGACUGCAGCUGACUUCAUCAAGAACAACCGUGGUAUCAAUGACAACGCCGAUCUCCCGGAGGAGUAUCUCCAAGGCAUAUUUGAUGAAAUCUCACGAAACGAGAUUGUCUUGAACACAGAACAGGAGGCUGCCGCUGACAAAGGUCUAAUCAGCCAGCAGCCUACUGGCGGACUAUCAAGUAUUGGUCAGGUACUGACAGGCAGUGCUCGCGACUCUCAGCGAGAGGCAAUUGUUCAGGCUUCAGAAGCAAUGGCAAACAAAACCGAACAGCUCUACAAACAACUCCUUCGUGCUCAGCGGAGAACAGCCGCCACUCCCAGUGUGUCCAAGUUUAUUCCUGCUUCAUCCUCCAAGCAUGUCGGACCAAUGUUCGAAGUCGCCUGGAUGCCUGUCCUCACCGCUCUCUCUGGCCAAGCCCAGGAUCACAACAUUGAAAUUAUUCGCUUGAACAUGGAGGCUCUCAAAGCAUUGAUCGAAAUUGCACAAACAGAGGGAAACCUUCUUCGGGAAUCAUGGCGUGAGGUGCUCACCUGUGUGUCUCAACUGGACCGUUUCCAGCUCAUCUCUGCUGGCAUUGACGAGCGUGCCGUUCCCGAUGUGCUCAAGUCUAGUUCAGGAACCUCACAGCCGCGCAAAAACCUUAACGUUCCAGGAAAAAACCGACGAACAAAUUCUACAGCAGGCAAUUUCGGCUUCCAUUCGGAAGUGGCCGAGGAAAGUCGGUCUGCCGAAAUCGUUAGGGGGGUAGACCGCAUUUUCACCAACAGCGCAAAUUUGUCGGGAGAAGCGAUUGUCGAUUUUGUCAAAGCGCUCACUCAAGUCAGCUGGCAGGAAAUUCAAUCAUCUGGUCAGAGUGAGUCGCCGCGCACAUACAGCUUGCAAAAGUUGGUAGAAAUCAGUGGCUACAACAUGACGCGUGUGCGUUUCGAGUGGACCAAUAUCUGGCAGGUACUGGGCGCUCACUUCAACGACGUGGGCUGCCACACCAACACCAAUGUCGUCUACUUUGCUCUGAACUCGCUGCGACAACUGUCGAUGAAGUUUAUGGAGAUUGAGGAACUGCCUGGUUUCAAGUUCCAGAAGGACUUUUUGAAGCCUUUUGAGCACAUUAUCAACAACACCAACGUCGUGUCCGUUAAAGACAUGGUACUACGCUGCUUAAUUCAGAUGAUCCAGGCACGGGGCGAGAACAUUCGCUCGGGUUGGAAAACCAUGUUUGGUGUCUUCACUGUAGCUGCGAGAGAGCCUUACGCAGAGGGUAUUGUCAACCUUGCAUUUGAAAACGUCACUCAAGUGUACAACACACGCUUUGGUGUCGUCAUAUCGCAAGGCGCUUUUGCUGACCUGAUCGUCUGCCUUACUGAGUUCUCAAAGAAUUUCAAGUUCCAGAAGAAGUCCCUACAGGCGAUAGAACUUUUGAAGUCAUCUGUGCCCAAGAUGCUCCGGACGCCUGAAUGUUCGUUGUCUGCUCGCGCUGGCUACUUGAAAGAGUCCGAGACAGCCUCUUCGAUACCAAAGCAGCCCAGUCGGCAAACGCAGGAAGAGCAGUUCUGGUUCCCUGUCCUCUUUGCUUUCCACGACGUCUUGAUGACUGGCGAGGAUUUGGAAGUACGGUCAAGAGCCUUGAGUUACCUCUUCGACACUCUGAUCAGCUACGGCAACAACUUUCCCCGUGAAUUUUGGGACAUGCUUUGGCGGCAGCUGCUGUACCCGAUCUUCAUGGUAUUGAAAUCCAAGUCGGAGAUGACAAAAGUUUUGAACCACGAAGAGCUUUCCGUCUGGCUCUCGACAACCAUGAUCCAAGCUCUGCGCAACAUGAUUAAGCUUUUUACGCACUUUUUCGAUUCGUUGGAGUACAUGCUCGACCGCUUCCUCGAUCUUCUGGCACUUUGCAUAUGUCAAGAGAAUGACACAUUGGCGCGGAUUGGUAGCAACUGCCUCCAGCAGCUUAUAUUGCAAAAUGUUCAAAAGUUCACGCCAGGCCACUGGAGCCAAAUUGUGAGGGCGUUCGUCGAUCUUUUCCAAAGGACAGAGGCUACCGCAUUAUUUUCUGCUGCCACCGGCGGAUCUUCACCGCAACAUGCAGUGAACGGAUCAGGAAACUCGGCAGACAACAUGACACCAACAACAGAUGGGCCAACAGGCGAGCUCUCUCUGCAGACACCUGCGGAAGAGCCAAAGGUAGACAACGCGCUUGGCAUCAACGGUCUGUCAACCACACAGCGACCAUCCCUCGUCGCUUCAGAAUCGACUAGCACCCUUGGUGGCGAGCAACGUAUGCCCUCUCCGCUACCCAAACGCCAAACACAAGAGCUUGAGGACUAUCGUCCUGAAGGUCAAGACCUCCAGCAACCUCCUGUUGUAGUUACGGCCGCUCGUCGACGUUUCUUCAACCAAAUCAUAACCAAGUGUGUUCUUCAGUUGCUCAUGAUCGAGACAGUUCAAGAGCUCUUCACCAACGAUGCUGUCUACGAAAAGAUUCCCUCGGGAGAGCUCUUGCGUCUGAUGGCCGUACUGAAGAAAUCGUACCACUUUGCAAAGCGCUUCAAUGCGAACCGCGACUUGCGAUCCCGACUCUUCAGAGAAGGAUUUAUGAAGCAGCCGCCGAAUCUGCUCAAGCAGGAAAGCGGAUCUGCGUCGGUCUACGUCAGCAUUCUCUUCCGCAUGUAUCACGACACGUCCAACGACCGCGCUGCCUCGCGCGCGGAUACUGAAGCUGCGCUGAUCCCCCUGUGCGAAGACAUCAUUGCGUCCUAUGUGGAGCUCGAUGAAGAAACCCAGCAGCGCAACAUUGUCACUUGGCGGCCUGUUGUUGUCACCGUACUGGACGGCUACACCGGUCUUCCCAACUCCGACUUUGAAAAGAAUAUUGAUCUUUUCGCACCUCUGGUAGUCGGGCUCCUGGGCACUGAGAUGGCGCCGGACAUCCAGCGCAGUGUACAGGCACUUGUGGGGCGCAUUUUCGAAACUAAACUCGGAAUGGCCAAGGUACCGCUCAUGCCGGCCGCCAGUCGGAGUCCGCGGGGAAGUUUUUUGGGCAGCCCUACGACGGCGAUGCAAAGGAGGUUUAGCACCAGCAAGGGCGGGAGGUAG